GGGUGUCAAGGCUGGACACAUGUGUUCCUCACAUAAACUUACCUUCAACUGUGUAUAUUAAUGACCUCAGGACAGGGUCAUCACAGUUGACCCAUCCACUUUUGAUGGGUUGAAUUGGAGGCGUGUGCUGUCGCAGUGGGAGCGCGCAGAGGAAGGGAGGGCAAUCUUGUCCGGACGCUAAUAAGACCCAAUGGCUGGUGCAAGGUGGCCAGGAGCUGUGAAACGCGACAGAAGACGGUGGACGAAGGAGAGAAGAAGAAAGAAAUCUCAGUGGAGACAUUUCUGGAUGGACAAAGAGGAUGAGAGCGCCACGGGAGCGUCCAUAGGAAUUACGGGGAGCAGUGGAGCUGUUGGUCUGCGUCAGUUUGUGUGCCUCGUCUAAGGAACUGCGUGGAGACAGAUUAGCGCUCUAGUACCACAUGAUUUGGAAUGGACCAAGAUUUGACCCUCAUUCACAUGCGACAACACACCUGGAACUGGGGUACCACUGUAGGCACGGUGAGCCACUGACUCCUGGGAGCCCCAGCCCUCCCCAAUGAAGCAGUCCUGGUGGGCCCGCCUGGCACAGCUCGGCCUGCUUGCCUUGUGGACCUGCAUGUGGCUGGUCCAGGGAUGCGGACCGGGUCCUGGCUACGGAAUCCGCUCCAGGGCCAGGAAACUUACAGCCAUGCACUACAAGCAGUUUUUCCCCAACUUCUCAGAAAACAACCUCGGUGCCAGCGGGAGAGCAGAAGGCAAGAUCACACGCACCUCUGAGCGCUUCAAUGAACUAGUGUGCAACUACAACCCUGACAUUGUCUUCAAGGAUGAGGAGAACACCAACGCAGACCGCUUCAUGAACAAGCGCUGUAAGGACUGUUUGAACAGGCUGGCGAUUGCAGUGAUGAACCAGUGGCCAGGGGUACACUUGCGCGUGACAGAGGCCUGGGACGAGGACGGCCACCACCCUCCCGGCUCUCUGCACUAUGAAGGACGGGCCGUGGAUAUAACCACUGACGAUAGAGAAACGGAGAAGUACGGCCUUCUAGCCCAGCUGGCUGUGGAGGCUGGCUUUGAUUGGGUCCACUAUGAGUCCAAGUAUCACAUCCACUGCUCAGUAAAGGCUGAUCACUCUGUUGCAGUGGAAAAGGGUGGAUGUUUCCCAGGCUGGGCCCGGGUGACUGUUGCUGGAGGGAUGCAGAAGAGCCUGUCAUCCCUGGCUGCCGGGGACAGAGUCAUGGCCCUGUCUGGGACAGGCCAAGUCGUGUUGAGCCAAGUGCUCUUGUUUCUGCACCAGGACCAAGAAAGCUGGUCUACUUUUCUUUCUCUAGAGACAGAAGAUGGCCAUCGAUUGGCCCUGACUCCACAUCACUUGGUGUUUUUAGCCCCACAUUGCAGACUCAACAGUAGUGAGUAUCAGGCUCAGUUUGCUAGCAGAGCCAAAACUGGAGACUGCGUUCUCAUCCAUACAGCUGAGGCUCAAAUACGUCCAUCUCGAAUCAUCUCAGUUUCAGAAGAAGAGAGUGUGGGAGUGUAUGCUCCCUUGACAGAAGCUGGAUCUGUGUUUGUUGAAGGAGUGCUGGCAUCCAGCUAUGCUCUGGUGGAUGACCACAGACUGGCACACUGGGCAUUUGGACCCGUGCGACUCCUCUCCUCAUUAAACCAGCUACUUUGGGGGGAGACAAGAAAAGGACAGCAGACCACAGACAGUAAAACAGCCUGCACCAAGACUUAUUGUAGCACUUUGGCCGCAAAGGACAGAGCAGGUGUUUGUGUGAAUAAUGUCACUCUGUACAAGCAAGACUAUCUGAGUGAACCUCUGAGGAUGGAAAUGAAAGAGAAGCAGACAUCAGAUGUGCAUUGGUAUGCAAAAUUACUGUACAGUUUGGGAUGUAUCUUUUUAGACUCCAACUCAUUUCAUCCAUAACAGCCUAAAACUAUACACACUAUGUCACAGUGUGCAGCUUUGAUGUAUUUACCCUAACACUUCUUGUUAUUUCUUUAAUAAAUUAAAAGCACUGGAA